AUGGUUGAUGAGCAUGAUCAAUUCCUGCCUAUUGCCAAUGUGGGCAGGAUCAUGAAGCAGACCCUGCCACCAAGUGCCAAAAUUUCAAAAGAAGCCAAGGAAACAAUUCAAGAAUGUGCAACAGAGUUCAUAAGUUUUGUGACUGGGGAAGCUUCUGACAAGUGUCACAAGGAGAACCGAAAGACGGUGAACGGCGAUGACAUCUGUUGGGCUCUGAGUUCACUAGGGUUUGAUGCUUAUGCUGAGGCUACAUCCAAGUAUUUGUAUAAAUAUAGGGAGUUUGAAAGAGAGAGGGCUAACCAAAACAAAGCAGCUAGUACUAGCACUGAAGACAAAGAUGAAGCAACAACACAUAAAGAUAGCCAACCAAUUGGUAAGCAAACUGAAACUCCAACUCCAAUUCCAACUCCAAUAGAUUUUAUAGUCAUUGAGAAGGGUGAGAGCUCUCUCACAAAGCCAUCUUGA